AUGGGCAUGUUUGCUGAGAUGCAGCAAGCAGAUGUGCGCCCAAACAUCAUCACCUACAAUGCCAGCCUGCAAUCCUGCAAAGGAGCCUGGCAGCAAGCCGUGGAACAGCUCAGGAUUCUACGGGAGAAGGCCGUGCAGAAAGACACGGUGACGCACAACAUCGGAAGCAGCGCCUGCGCCAAGGCGGUGCAGUGGCAAAAGGCGCUGGACCUCCUGGACUCUCUCCAGAAAUCAAAGCUGCAGGCAGACGUGGCCAGCGGAUGCACGGCCGUCAAGGCCAGUGGCCAUUGGCGGAAAGCCCUGGUGUUGCAGAGGCACAACGCUGAAGUGAAGUUGGAGACCAACCUGAUUACCUACAACUGUUUGAUGGGCGCUGUGAGCGAAAAGUGGCAGUGCGCCCUGGAGGUUUUGAGACGUUUGGGCUCUGCUGGCCCUGAUGCUGUCACCUCCAGCAUCAUCCUCAGCUCCCUUGGCGCGGAGGGUCUGUGGCAGGACAGCCUCCAACUCCUGGGUUCCGUGCACGCGCGGAGGCUCCACAGCGACAUUGUGGCCUACAACGGUGUGAUGAGCGCUUGCGACAUCGCCGGGCAGUGGUCGCGGGCUGGUUCCCUGCUUCGGAAGCUGCGCGGUCUUCGGGCCAGCCGAGUCACCCACAACACAGCCAUCAGCGCCAGCAGGACAACAUGGCAACUAGCCUAUGCCGUGGCUGGCGACAUGCCCCUGCAUGGCCUGGAAAGGGACCUUGUGACAAUGACAUCGGCAGUCAGCGCCUGCGGCGCAGAGUGGUUGGCCGCCCUGGCCAUGUGCCGAAACCAACAGCUCUCGUCCGACGUGCUGGACAGCGCCUGCGUCAGCUCUUGCGAGAAGGCCACAAAAUGGCAACCCGCCCUGGCCAUUCUCGACGCCUGUGCGCUUUCUGGCGACCAAAAAUGGGAAGUGCUCCCGCAGAAUGGGGCCAUCAGCGCCUGUGGGGAGACCCAGCGCUGGGAACUUGCGCUCCAAGUGCUGCAGUACGCUUUGCACACAGCCCCGGACGCGAAUUCGGUGAAUGCUGCGAUCACCGUGUGUGGACGUGCGAGCCAGUGGCAAGCUGCAUUGCGCCUCCUUGCAGAGGCGGAAUGCAACCUUGUCAGGGCCCAGGUCCUCACUUACAAUGCCUCCAUCAGCGCAUGCGAGGAAGCCGAACAGUGGAAGGCAGCCCUAGACUUGUUCGACGCAAUGUCCAGCUCCGGCCUGGAACCGGAUUUGAUCACCUACAACACCUUGGUCAGCGCCUGUCGGUCCCGGUGGCGCUUGGGGCAGUCGCUGCUGCGUGCGAGCCUUCGCAGCUUCAACGCCUUGGGCGCUGCUUGCGCGAAAGCUCUGUGCUGGUCCCAGGUGCUGCAGCUGCUGCUCCGGCUUCCCGAGGCUCGCCUAGCACCCAGCCGCAUCUCCUGCAACGCGGCGAUGGCCGCUUGCAAGCGCCGCUGGCGAGUGGCUCUGGCGCGCUUCAUCAGGGGCGACUUUGAGGGCGGAGCGGACCUGGCGAUGCCUGGACUGCCUUGGAAGGGGCUGGCAAGGAUGGACAUCCGCGGCUACACGAAGGCGAUUACACGGCGGCAAAGCUGGCAGAGCGGGCUGUGGCUGGCACGCCUCACGGAGUCCGUCUUGGUUGAGCCGGACAUCAUCCUUUGCAGCAGCGCAAGCAGCGCUUGCAGCGGCGCCGGGCGCUGGAAGACGUGUUGGCAGAUGUUGGCGUGGCUUCCAAGCAAGGGUUUGCGCGUGAACGUCAUCGCUCUCAACUCAGCCGUCAGCUCCUGUGAGUUGAUGGGACGAUGGUGGCAGGCUUUACACAUGAUGUCAGCUCUGAGCUCCAGGAGUUUGGACGGUGACCUCUUGACUACAAGUACACUCUCCAGCAGCUCUGGCAAGGGCCGGCAAUGGACACAGGCAGUUCGAGUCUUCGCCAGGUUCUCCAGAUCAUCCUUGCAAUCAGAUGUUGUGGCUGUUAAUUCAGUGAUCAGCGCCUGCGAGCGAAGCGAGCAGUGGCACAAAGGCUUCGCCUUGCUCGAAGAUGCCUUCAGCUGCCAAACCGCUCCCAGCCUCAUCACCUUCAACGCCUUGCUCAGUGCCUGUGAGAAGGGCAACCGCUGGCAAGCGGCAGCCGCCAUUUUGAAGGCUUUGCGCCCAGACGCCUUCAGCUUCAGCGCCGCCAUCGCAGCGAUCGGCGCAAUUUUCUGGCACCAGGCGCUGGGACUCCUCGACCUGGCGCGAAACCGCCAGGUUCGGCUGAACCAAUUCAGCAGCAACGGCGCUGUGAGUGCCUGUGAGAAGGCCUGCCGCUGGGAGUGGGCUGUGGCCCUUUUCCGCGACAAGGACCUGGUCAGCGGCAACGGGCUGCUGCGCGCAUUGGCGCGAGCGGGGCUUUGGAGGGAGGCCCUGCGCCUCCUGAGAGAGAUGCAGGAGAAGAUGCAAGCCAAUGAGAUCAGCUACAACAGUGCGCUCAGCGCUUGCGAGGAGAGCCAGCAGUGGAUGUGCGCGCUGCAUCUCCUGGACGGUUUCCCUCGCGUGGCGCUGCGUCGCGAUAUCUUCUCCUUGAACACGGUCCUCGGUGCCUGUGAAGCGGCAAGGCACUGGCGCCAGGUCGUUCGGCUGCUGUCCAGACACUCUUUGGCAUCCUUAGAGCCGGACGUGCUUUCCAGCAACCGCGCCGUGGGCGCAUGCGCUCUGGGCGGCUUGGGCGCCUGGCACGCCGCACUGCACUUCUUUGGGGCAGAGAGGCAGAGGAACCUGAUCACCCACAAUGCCCUGCUGAGAGCGCGCUCGGAUUGGCAAGUGAGUUUGCUUGUCCUCAAAGGCUUGUCAGAUGCCAAGCUGGAAGGAACAGAUUUGACUGAGUGCCUCCAGCAUUUGGGCGGUUGUGAGUUGCAGACCAGCGAGGCUACGUGCGCCGGGCGCCCAGGGGAGGGUGAAUUCCGGGCCAUCCGCUGCUUCCGGUCCUUUGUGGCAGCAGAGCGCUGUGUGUCUGCCAAGGCAGGCACUUGGUCCGAGUCCGAGCGUGCCUUGAAGUCAGACAAGGCGGCACUAGGCCACGCUGUGCAGUCCCCGUAUCCGGGCUCGCUGGUGCUGGACCUCGCGGGAGGCGAGGAUGGGCAGAUCAUCAACCAGCUGGCGGAGAGGACCGGCGUGCGGUACCUCAAGCUGAAUGCUGGAAGCGUGAACAGCUACGCCAAAAAGACCAUGGCUGCCGCAGAGGGAAGGGUAUUCUUCAGCGGCAAGGCGAUGCCUCAACAGCUGGACCUGUUGCAACAGGAGCUGCAGCUUCUCUUAGCGGAGGCUCACCAGCGGAUGGCGGAGAGGAUCGAGGAGCUUCGGCCGGUGGAGGUGGUGGCGUCUCGUGGGAAAUAG